AUGGGCGCCGCGGCUUCGCGGCUGCGUGCGGUGUAUCGCAAGCAGCAGCCCGCUUCGAGCAGCGUCGCCACGCCGCUGACGCCGGAGGAGCUGCAAUGCCUGCGCUCCUGCGACUACGUCCUUGGCCGGCAAACCGGGAACGUGCACGAGUUCUUCCACCUCAUGGACGUGCUGGGCGAGGGGCAGUUCGGUCUCGUGCGGAAAGCCGAGCACAGGGCCACCAAGCGAGUGUACGCGUGCAAAACCAUUGCCAAGGCGCAGCUACGGUACUCCGAGGAGGUGCAGGACAUCCGGCGGGAAGUACAGAUCAUGCAGCACCUAGGCGGCCACCCGAACAUCGUGCAGAUCCACGCGGCGUUCGAGGACCAGGCGCACGUGCACAUCGUCAUGGAGUACUGUCGCGGGGGGGAGUUAUUCGAUCGGCUGCUGCGGUCCGACCAGUACACGGAGCGAGAAGCCUCGUACAUCAUGCAUUCCAUCAUAUCCACGCUCGCGCACAUGCACCAGCUGGGCGUGAUCCAUCGCGACAUCAAGCCGGAGAACUUCCUGCUCGACGUCCCCGGCGACGACGCGACGAUGAAACUCACCGACUUUGGGCUUUCUAUGUUCUUCCGCCCGGGCCAGACGUUCAACGAAACGCUCGGCUCCGAGCACUACGCGGCUCCAGAGGUGUGGCCGCGGGUCGUGCCGGACCCGACGUCGUUUCAUGGGCAGCUGCGCUGCCCACCGUCGUACAACGAAAAGGCGGACGUGUGGUCGUGUGGCGUCAUCAUGUACAUCCUGCUGAGCGGGUCCCCCCCGUUCCGGAGAUCCGACACCGACACCGUCCUGCGGCUCUCCGGGGGGCCGUGGCAGAACAUCAGCUCCUCGGCCAAGAGCCUCGUCGCGUCGAUGCUCACGCGCGACCCUGCGCGGCGGCCCGACGCAGCGUCGCUGCUGCGACACCCGUGGCUCACCAGCGUGGUGCCGUCGAAGCCGCUCGGGAACGCCGUGCUGCAGCGCCUGAGCGGGUUCUCGCGGAUGAACAAGUUCAAGCGGAAAGCGCUGCACACUAUCGUCUCGGGCAUGCAAGGUGCCGAGACUCUGGGGCUGGUCAAUCUCUUCGAGUCGCUCGACGAGGACGGGUCCGGAAGCAUAUCCGUCAGCGAGCUGCGGAAAGCCCUCGCAGAGCAGAGCGCGUCGUUCCGUCUGCCCGACUGGGAGCUCGAGGCGAUCAUCGACGAGGUCGCGCUGGACACGCAGUCGCGGCUGGAACACAAGAUUUCGCUCGAGGAGUUCCUAGCUGCGACGAUCAACGCCUCGCAGCUCAUGGUGUCCGCGGACGGCGACCACCACAUCCGGCGCGCGUUCGCCGAGCUCGACGCCGACGGCGACGGCGUCCUGACGCGGGUAGAAAUCAUGGACGCCCUAGGGAUGGCGGAGGAUGAUGAGUCAGACGCCGACGAGCUCGACGCGAUCCUGCAGGAGGUGGACGCGGACGGCGACGGGCGCAUCGCGUACACGGAGUUUCUCUCGAUGGUCCUCGGCGUCUCGACGCGGCGCGGGGCCCUGCCGGACCUCGAGGCGGGGGUUGUUGGCACACCCCCGGUGGGGAGUCUCAUGUUGUCGAUACCGCUGCUGCGGGAGAGCCGCGGGGCGGGCUCGAGCGGCGAGGGCAACAGGAGCGCGCACGCGACGCCCAAGGCGAUGAAGACGCCGUCUGCGCGGAUGCGGCGACCGGGCAAGGUGGCGCCGUUGAACCAGAGUGUUGUCAAGGCGGUGCUGGCGUGGCGCGACCAUGCGCGGCAGUCGUCGGGGCACAGCAUCGGCGAGGAGCUGUCGCGGCCGGCGUCUGCGCUGGCGGGCGACACGAACGGCAGCACGGCGGCGGAGCGAGGGAGCGGCGGUGGGGCAUCGCUGGCGACAUCGCAGGGGCGGGAGGCGUCGGGGCGCGGGGCGGUGUCGCUUCCGCGGAAGUUCUUGUAG